AGUACCAAGUGAAGGAGUUAACCAAGUUAAUGGAAAAGUAUGACGUCCAAAAAAACUUCGCCUGUUUCGGAGGACCCUUUACCAGAUUUGCAAACGAAACGUAUACAUUCACACACAGACACUUCAGACCACAUCUAGGAAUACACAUGAAUACCUACCUAUUCAACCAUUUUAUUUUUAUCAAAAAUUAUAUCAAAAUUAUUAAAUUCUCAAGAUGGCAUAUUCUUGUAUAUCUCUCAAAUAAUAAAUUAUAUGUCUAUAAACAUAGUCGCUAUUUAUGGCACCUGGACCAUUUUAAUGAAUGGAAGCAUUUACCUCUUCCAACAUCGAAUGAAAUAAAGGACAUACAAAUUGUAUCUUGUAAUUACAAAGGAGAUCUGUAUUUUGAUCAUCCUAAGGGACCAAAUUAUGAUCUCAAAGAUGAGUACCCUUUUUGUGGUUCUACACAUGAACAUGAGAGCAUAGACCCGAUUCACUUCUUUGGACUUAGUUUAAUUGACAGUGUGGAUAAUCUAUACUUAGGGUUAAAUACAAAUGUGAACUCUAGUAGGUUUAAAAAGAGGCUCAUACAUUCCAAACCGAAGGUGCUGUUAAGCGGCACGUCGUGCGCGCAUGGAUGUGUGUUGUUUGAAAAUAAAGAGAUUUAUUUCUGGAUUUUCGGGCAAGGGGGAUCACCUGUAACAGAUUCGGUGAAUGCGGAUGAGGUGGUUGCGUCUAGCGAAUGCUCAGGAACCAAGGGAAGACAAAGCAAACGAUUCACUUUCAAAAAAUUGGAGUACCCCAAGCUUAACAUCGUCGACGUAGUCUACUGCAACAACACGUACGUUAUGCUGUCGGAGAAUAACAUCCUGUUCAUUUUAAAGUCCCCUUAUUUGCACACCCUUCGAGCGGUGAAUUUUUUCUUCUACCUGAACAACUACCUACCGAAGGGGGUGAAUCCCCAACGCAUAGGCAGAAGCGGAAGCAGAAGCGGAGGCAGAAGCGGAAGCAGAAACGGAGGCAGAAACGGAGGCAGAAGCGGAGGCAGAAGCGGAAGCGGUGCCCUGACUCUGGAGAAAAUUAGGGACUCCAGUUUGGUCAAAAUGUACCUUACAGACUACAUAUUGGUGACUGUCCACAGCAGCAAGGACAUUUGCUUCACCCCAAUUUUGUUUCACAGUGUCUAUAGCUAUAUGGACUCUCAGUAUAUUGACGUCCUUUCCACGAAGUACGAGCGGCAGGUGACCAAACUGAUAAAGGAUCUGGGCACGUUCUGCACACGGGGCCUAGAGAAUCAAUUUUCGCACGAAGAAAAAAGCAUGUACCCAAAUUUGAUAAAGUACAAAAUGAUUCGCACCUGCGCCCAAAACAAAAACUGCUUCACUAUUUACGUAAGCCCGAACUCCCUGAUCGUGUGCAUUUACAAUUUAUUCGAGUACUACGAAGUGCUGGACACGUCCAUAUCGAAUUUUUUGAGUAAGUACUACAUUGUGU